GUGGCGGCGCGCCGGAAGUUGGCCGGCCGGCGCCCCGUCACUUCCGGCCGGCGGCCGCUCAUGGCGGCGCCUGCGGCUCGGCCUCUGCGUGCGUGAGGCGCCUGCCUGCCUGCCCGCCGCCAUGACCGAAGAGCUGUACGAGAAGUUCUUGGCCCCUGACGAGCCGUGCCCGCUCCUUUCGCACCAGCACCCUCCGCGGGGUGGGAGCCUGAGCGAGGAGGGGUGCCUGGACGUCAGCGACUUCGGUUGCCAGCUCUCGUCCUGCCACCGCACCGACCCGUUGCACCGCUUCCACUCCAACAGAUGGAACCUGACUUCUUGUGGAACUAGCGUGGCCAGCUCAGAGUGCAGUGAGGAGCUGUUCUCCUCGGUUUCAGUUGGCGACCAAGAUGACUGCUAUUCUCUGCUGGAUGACCAGGAGUUCACCUCUUUUGAUUUGUUCCCUGAAGGCAGUGUCUGCAGUGAUGUCUCUUCCUCUAUCAGCACAUACUGGGAUUGGUCAGACAGCGAGUUUGAAUGGCAGCUGCCUGGCAGUGACAUUACAAGUGGGAGUGAUGUACUUUCUGAUGUUAUACCUAGUAUUCCAAGCUCUCCAUGUCUGCUUCCAAGAAAGAAAAACAAGCAUAGGAAUCUUGAUGAACUUCCAUGGAGUGCAAUGACAAACGAUGAACAGGUUGAAUAUAUUGAAUAUUUAAGUCGCAAAGUCAGUACGGAGAUGGGCCUUCGAGAGCAACUUGACAUUAUCAAAAUUAUUGACCCUACUGCUCAGAUAUCCCCUACAGAUAGUGAAUUCAUUAUUGAGCUAAACUGUCUCACAGAUGAAAAAUUGAAACAGGUGAGAAACUAUAUCAAAGAACAUGGACCUCGCCAGCGAUCUGCAAGGGAAAACUGGAAGAGGAGCAGCUACAGUUGUGCCAGUACCAGUGGUGUGAGUGGUGCCAGCGUCAGCAGCAGCAGCGCCAGCAUGGUCAGCUCGGCGAGCAGCAGUGGUUCCAGUGUUGCUAACUCUGCUUCAAAUUCAAGUGCCAACAUGAGUCGAGCACACAGCGACAGUAAUUUGUCUGCGAGCGCUGCAGAAAGAAUCCGGGAUUCAAAAAAACGUUCCAAGCAACGGAAAUUACAGCAAAAAGCCUUACGCAAGAGACAGCUGAAAGAGCAAAGACAAGCUCGUAAGGAAAGACUGAGUGGAUUAUUUCUUAAUGAAGAAGUGCUCUCUUUAAAAGUGACUGAAGAGGACCAUGAAGGAGAUGUGGAUGUUUUAAUGUGACAGGGGUGAAUUUAUCAGUGUUCUUUCUAAGCCUUAAAUGUAUUAUUGUUUACAUGUAUUUCUUGACCAAAUUUUGAUUAACGUUAACAGUAUAAACCAGGUCUUUCCUCAAGUAUAAUUUUUGUAAGAUGUUCUAAGAGUUGAGUAACUUCAGCUUUUUGAGAUUUAAUUUUGCAAGUGAGACUUCAGACACUUAAUUGACUUCAGAAAAGCUGCUGAUAGAUAGUUGUUACGGAAAACUGAACUUGGCUAACAUGCUACUUUCUUGCAAGGCAUAUACCUAGGGAUGCUUUUGGAUGACACUAAGUAUGCAGUUCUAUAUUCCAGCAUUUUUUGUUUUCAUAGUUUGUGUUAUUAAACUUGGCUGGUUUUGUCUCUUUCUUUCCUGUUAGGAAAGUUGUUUAGCUUGGGGGAGGGGGUGAGUGGGAUGGUACCAAACAGACUUUAAUUCUGUAAGGCUUUCUUUAGUCUUUCUGUUGGAUCAUACAAAAUCAAAAUAUUGUGAUAAAUCCCAUUGCUAAUAGUUGCUGAUUACCUCAAAGUACAUAGAAAGUAAGAAGCAGGACUUCUAAAGCAGAAAAUCUGUAUACAUAAAUAAUGCCUAAUUGUAUAGUUGUUCAGGAAGCAGGUAGGUUUAAGAAAAAGAAAAAAGACAAAAAAAAUACAAUUUGCAAACUU